GGAAAAUAAGCGUAUUUUCAAAAAAAGUGGAGUGUCCCUUUAAUAGUUUAACCUGAGAGGGCAUUAAAAGCAAAUUGUAUAAAUACGUUUUUUGGUCACUAUGAUAUUGUGACUUAUGUUGGGUGUAAAAUUUUGUACUGUUAAUUUUUUGGUGAGUAUGCAUUGACCUAAUGUUACAGUAUGUUUCUAUCUCACCCAGAACUGAAUGGUGACCAAUCUCCUUUUGUUUCCAAAAAUAUUAAUUUGAAUAAAAAUAUAGCAAAAAUACAUGGCAAUACAUAUGACAAUGUAGCAAACGCCAUGCCAAUACAGUGUCUUAAGGUAAAAUAUUGCAGUACUUUAAAAUAAAGUUUUGUUAAGUAUUAGCCCGUUGUAGAUAUGCUGAGAGUGCUUAAUACCGAGCUCCAUUGAGAACAGAUUUAGAGCCUGUGAAUGCCUUCUGCUGAGGCAGGCCAUCUCACUGGCCUCUCUUUGGCUGGAUGCUCUCCUUUGUAUCACCCUACAAUGGCAGUACGAGAGCACAACUAUCGCCAAACGUUCAUUGUUUUCCAGCCAAUCGGAGCAAUCCAAAUAGAAGGAUGUUGCAGUUUGUGUUUAUUUUUACUGUGUGUGUGUGUGUGUGUGUGUGUUAGCUAACAUAUUAGUAAAAGAAGUGUGUUCGCACUUUGUCUUUUUCCUCCUAACACCAUGACCACAUGAAAGGUGUGUCAUAUAACGGACAACCAAUCAGAGGUCAGCUCUUUGAAUUUAUGCCAGGGAUUUUGGGCUUACAAGACUUAAGUUGUGGUGGCAAAAGCCAAUUUUUCAAAACUAUCCCAGCGAGACGUAAGAUGCCCUAUACACCGUCUGGUUUCUUUUGUGACCGGUUAAUCCGGGAGAGAGAGAGAAGAGAUGGGGAAGGAUCAUUGAGCAAACCCAUCCGCUUCGGUGGUCAGGACUACAAUGUCCUCCGCCAGGAGUAUUUACAGAAGAAAACUCUCUUUGAAGAUGAAACCUUUCCUGCCACUGUGGAGUCCCUUGGCUACAAAGAGCUAGGCCAAAAAUCCAGCAAAGUUAAGAACAUCAUCUGGAAGCGGCCCAAGGAGAUAUCUGAAAAUCCACAGUUCAUUGUUGGAGGUGCUAGCAGGACAGAUAUCUGCCAGGGAGACCUGGGAGACUGCUGGUUGCUUGCAGCUAUCGCGAGCCUAACAUUAAAUGAGAAGCUGCUGUAUCGUGUUAUACCUCAAGAGCAAAGUUUCUCCGAAGGCUAUGCUGGAAUUUUCCAUUUCCAGUUUUGGCGUUAUGGAGACUGGGUGGAUGUUGUCAUUGAUGACCGCAUUCCCACUGUUAACAACCAGCUGGUGUUCACCAAAUCUGCUGAGAGAAAUGAAUUUUGGAGUGCUCUCCUGGAAAAAGCUUAUGCCAAGCUUCAUGGAUCCUAUGAGGCUCUUAAGGGUGGGAACACUGCUGAGGGGAUGGAGGACUUUACAGGAGGUGUGACUGAAUUCUUUGAGAUGAAAGAGGCACCCAAAGAGCUGUAUAAGAUCAUGAAGAAAGCUCUGGAGAGAGGCUCUCUUAUGGGUUGUUCUAUUGAUUCCCUGGUUCCAGCUCGCUUUGAAACCCGCACCGCUACAGGGCUUGUGAAGGGACAUGCCUACUCUGUGACUGCUGUGGAGGAGUGUAAACAGUCCCAGCAUAAGGAGUCUAAAGUACGUCUGGUUCGGCUACGUAACCCCUGGGGUCAAAUUGAAUGGAAUGGACCUUGGAGUGAUAAUUCGAAAGAGUGGGAAACCAUCUCUAAAUCAGAAAGGGAGAAACUCCAGCAACAAAAUGCAGAAGAUGGAGAAUUCUGGAUGUCAUUUGAGGAUUUUAAGAAAAAUUACACCAAGAUUGAGAUUUGCAACUUGACCCCUGAUGCUCUAGAGGACGAUAAGUUACACAAAUGGACGGUGUCUGUUAAUGAGGGACGCUGGGUGCGAGGCUGCUCUGCUGGAGGUUGCAGAAAUUAUCCAGACACAUUCUGGACAAACCCUCAGUACCGUCUGCGUCUUCGUGAGAAAGAUGAUGAUUCGGAGGACAAUGAAAUGGCCUGCUCUUUUGUCAUUUCUUUGAUUCAGAAAAACAGACGUCGGGAACGCAAGAUGGGUGCGAAUCUCUUCACUAUUGGAUUUUCCAUCUAUGAGGUGCCAAAGGAGAUGCAUGGAAACAAGCAGCACAUGCCGAAGGAUUUCUUCCUGGCUAACAACUCUAAGGCUCGUUCCAAAGCCUACAUUAACCUGCGAGAAGUGACGCAGCGUUUCUGUCUCAGUCCUGGGGAGUAUGUCAUUGUUCCCUCUACCUACGAGCCCCACCAGGAAUGCGACUUUCUCCUCCGCGUCUUCUCUGAAAAGAAAAAUACCUCUGAGGAGAUAGAGAACAGGAUUGAGGCUGAUCAUCCAGUGCCGGAUCCAGCUUCUACUGGGGAAGAGAGCGAGGAGGACCAGCAGUUCCUAUCCAUCUUCCAGCAGAUCGCAGGGGAUCAUAUGGAAAUCUCGGCCAAUGAGCUCAAAGAUGUCUUGAACAAGGUGUUGUCUAAGUACAAGGACAUACACACUGAAGGCUUCAGUCUGGAGAACUGUAGAAGCAUGAUCGCCCUCAUGGAUAUGGAUGGAACGGGAAGACUUAACCUGCAAGAGUUUAAACACUUAUGGAAUAAGAUCAAACAGUGGCAGGGAAUCUUCAAGCGUUACGACUUUGAUCACGCUUGCACCAUCAGCAGCUAUGAGAUGAGAAAUGCCAUCAAUGAUGCAGUCACGUGUCUUGUGUGCCAUUUAGGGAUUCGUCUAAAUAAUCAGCUGUAUGAUAUCAUUGCCAUGCGCUAUGCCAAUGAAAGCAUGAACGUCGACUUUGACAGUUUCAUCAGCUGUCUUGUUCGACUGGAGGGAAUGUUCAGAGCAUUUCAGGCAUUUGAUCAAGAUGGACAUGGCACCAUAAGCCUUAAUGUACUGGAGUGGCUCCAGCUAACCAUGUAUGCUUAGAUCAUCUAUGGAUCCAGGUGAGCCUGACCUCAGCAAGGACCAGAACUACCAGCUUUUACCUCAACACUUCAUGUGCCAGACUACCGUUACCUCUUUCUCUGUACCUCAGCCCAAACUGAACAUUAGAAAAUGUCUCAUUUAUUAGAAAUGGUUACUAAUUUUUUUCUUCUUUGCAAUGACAUGCUUGAUAAAACCAACUCACAGACACAUACAGUUGUUGCUGGAAAUCGUUGUUCGAUUGCUCUUUAGUCUGGAUGUAGUUGGGGCAUUAUAAACAAGACUUUUGAUAACAAUGAACAUUAACAUGGUUACCAGUAUUCUGUCUUAAUUCCUCAUAGAGCAGCAUGAUUUUCACAUGAACUUCAGUGUGUGUUGUGUGUUGUAGGCAGCAUUUACCUCACUAGCAUUAAAGGGUGCUAAUAUAUUGAUGGGUCUGAGAUUUCCCCAUUGCUCAUUUGUUUAAUCCAUACACAUAGUUUUUCCUUGGUAAUUAUAAUGGUCCACAUAGCAUUGGCAUUUUUUAUCUGUGGGAUCUGUUUUUCAGGGAUGAAACACAUGGAAUCUAUCUCUCUUAAUAAUAAUACAGUUUUUCCUUCUCUAAUAAGACGCAUUCUUUUUAAAUCCCAUUUAAAAACAAUAUCCAUAACAACCCAAUAACUCAUAAGUGGACCACUCAUGGACGGCUACUGUCCUGUAGAGUUCAUCUCCAACAUACAUAAACAAGCUGUUUUGGAUUUCUGGAAAAUUACAGGCGGUUGUGUUUGAUGAGGGUUAAAACUAAACUUUGCAGGACAUUGGUCAUCCAUGAUGGAGUGGAAUAGCUUUCUCAACCCCUGCCUCAUCCUUCUUUCAAAUCUUUCUUUUCCCAGACACAUUAUAAUUUUGUAAUAAAAGAAACCAGAUGAAUAUCAUCAGAAAGCCACACAAAACUCAUGGGUACCUGACGGGCAGUUGUGUUCAGGGUCUUUACUUCAUAUUGUGGCCAUAAAAAAUAGACUUUUUGUCUUAGCCUCAUUUAACCUUUUGUUUAAGUAAGUGUACUGACUUCACUUGUUAAACCAAAUAAAUAAUUAUGGAGUUCUUGGCUGAAGUGCUUUUA